UAAAAAUGCGCCUCGGAUUUUCUUGGCUGGUGGUUAUCCUGUACCAUUUACUUCAAAAGGACCUUCAUCGGGAUGUGGCAGAGGCAGCUAACAUCCUUGGAAUAUUUUCCUACCACCUUAGUUCGCAUUUUCUAGUUCUACGAACGUUUUCAAGAGCCCUUGUUGAACGAGGUCACAACGUAACAUUGAUUACCCCAGAGGGAAUGCCGCCCGAUAUAGAGGGAGUUCGUCAUAUUCGCAUUCCCAAGCUUAACAAACGCGUUCAAGAAGUGAUAGAGUCAGAUCAGUUUUUGGACUUCUUUGGUAACAAAUGGAUGGAGAGCGUGCUGGCCGUUUCAAUGCUUUCCAACAUGUCCCACGAUAUCCUAAGUGACGAUGCUGUUCAGCGGAUGCUACGAGAUGGGAGUGAACAUUUCGACCUGGUCAUGAUGGAGCCAUCUGGUCUAGAAGCCCUAUAUGGCCUGGUGGAGUUCUACAAUGCGAGUUUGAUGGGAUUGUCCGGGGGAACUGUAAGCUGGAAAACUGAAGCACUUGCUGGAAAUCCGGCUCCAAGCAUAUACGAACCCAUCUCCCCGAUUGGCUAUUCAUGGGAUCCCUUGUUUAUGAGCAAGAUUUACAAUUGGAUCCAUAUCACCGAGGAAAAGCUGCUGGAGGGUCUGAUCUUUCGGCCGGCCCAACUGCGCAUCUUCAAGAAAAUCUUUGGAUAUUCGGAACUGAAGUUUAAUGAACUGCGCCGCAAGUUCUCGGUGAUCUUAAUCAACAACCAUUUCAGUAUGGGCAGAGUGCGAGCAAAUGUUCCGAAUAUAAUAGAGGUUGGAGGACUGCAUCUCAGUGAACCCCCGGAACCAUGUAAUAUAGAGCUGCAGAGAUUUUUGGACGAGGCGGAGCACGGCGUCAUCUACUUUUCGAUGGGAAUGGAUAUCAUGGUGCAGCUUCUGCCAGAAAACAUGCAGCAUCAAUUGAUGCAAUCAUUUGCCCAACUAGAGCAGAGGAUUGUUUGGAAGAAUGAGCUUUUAAAUAUUCCCAACAAAUCGAAGAACAUAUAUGUGAUCGAAAGAGCCCCGCAGCGCCACGUUCUUGCCCAUCCCAAUGUCCGGCUUUUCAUUACAAACGGAGGAUUACUUAGUGUGAUGGAGGCGGUUGACAGUGGAGUUCCGAUGCUGGGACUACCAGUGUUCUUUGACCAGUUCAUUAUUUUGCAGUACGUUAAGCAAGGCGGAAUGGCCGAGGUCUUGGACGCCAACGCUUUGAAUUCUGAAAUUCUAACCAAGAGCAUUAGGGAACUGCUAGAAAACCCUAAAUAUACUCUCAUGGCCAAGAAAAUGUCGCAAUCCUUCAGGGAUCGACCCAUGAGUCCUCUGGAUACGGCAGUUUGGUGGACGGAGUACGUCUUACGCAAUAAGGAUGCCACUCACAUGCGUCUUAAUGUAGAUGAAGUUUCCCCGUUGCGGUACUACGGAUUGGAUUGGCUGCUUCCAUUUGGUUUUCGUUUCGGAAUCGUCUUUGUGUCUGUAAUCUAUCUUUGUUACAAAAUAUUCCAGAAAAAUAGGGAAAGAAUGCGAGGAAGACAGGAAAGAGAGAGUGGUUUUCUGCAGUUGCUUAAUUUAUGAUCUUAAAUACAUUACUUGUUUAGCAGACAUGGGUAUUGGGUCAUGUUAUUCCUUACCUAUCCAUGUUAAUUAAA